GCACGUAAAUAUCAGUAAAGAUGGCGACGCUCUUCGAUAAGCCACAUGUCACUGUUGAAGAUGAAAGUGAGGAAGACUGUGGAGAUUCUGAUGAUGGUGUUGGGGAACAUGAGGAGAGCGGAGCUGGAAGUGAUCAGGAGGGAUCAGAUGAGGACAGCGAUGGAGUGAAGGAAGAAGAGCAGAAUGGAGAAGCAGAGGAAAACACCAAUCCUAAUGCAGGAUGGGCUGAAGCCAUGGCAAAAAUCCUGGGGAAGAAGAUACCAGAAAGCAAACCCAGCAUCCUUCUAAAGAACAAAGAACUGGACAAGAUCAAAGACAACAAGAAGAAAGAGCGUCUUGAAGAAAAGAAACGGACUGAUAAGAAGCGAGUGUGGGAGAAUAUGUGCCGGGAGAAGCCUGAUGUGGUUCGAGACAAAGACCAUGAGAGGAAUCUACAGAGAAUUGCCACCAGGGGUGUAGUGCAGUUGUUCAACGCGGUAAAGAAACAUCAGAAGAGUGUGGAUCAGAUGAUGAAGGAUGUUGGCGGUUCAGAGAGAAAGAAAUCCAAAAUUUUGUCUUCAGUGUCUAAGAAAGACUUUAUUGAUGUUCUGCGAGGAGCAGACUCGCCUGCCAUCAAGAAAGAGAAAAAAGCGACUGUACAGGUGAAGGUGGAGAAUCCAGCCUGGAGUGUGCUGAGAGAUGACUUCAUGAUGGGUGCAUCCAUGAAGGACUGGGAUAAAGAGAGUGAUGAAGAGGCAGGAGGAGGAGGAGGAGGAGACCAGGUGCCUGAUGAGGACUGCAUCAAUGAAUCAGACUGAUCGCUUGUUUGCAUCAUCCAGCUCAUACACGCAGACUGUGCCGAGAACUGAGACUCUAUAUGACCCAGAGAUCCCUGUGGCUGGAUCAUUUGGCUGACUGUGGAAUUGAGAAAGACAAUGUUUUGUGAUGUUGCUUUGAACUGGACAUUAUGAGCAUCAUCUGUCCAUGUGUCCUGGUAAAGCAGGAUCUGUAUUGAAAAAUGCUGCAAUGUAAAACUGUGUUCCAUUUCUGAAAAUAGUCAUUUACACAUUGUGUUUUGCAUAAUAAAUCAUUUCUGUAUCAUGAUAUUUUUUUUUAUCAGACGGGUUUCAUAGCGAUACAUUAUGUUGCUGUUAAGCUGUAUAGAGGAUUUUGAGAAUAGCUGUUUUCUUCAUAAUUUUAUGAAUUAGCUGGAUAUUUCAUAAAUACAGUUUGACUGUGAAUUAUUUUCCCUAUAUGAAAUGUUUGUAGCCAUGCAUUUUUUGCCUUGAAUUGGUCAUAUACGUUUAGUUGGUUCUCUGCUGAUUUUGCUUCUGAAGCCAGUGGCAACCUAACACAGUGCCAAAAUAGUUUAUCAUACUAAACUCAACAAAUGACCUGAAAAUGAAAUGUAUUAAUAUUACAAUGAACUUCAGAGGCCCAAAAAUAUGCAAUGUUAGUGACAUAGACCGAAUGGGAAAAAUUAGUUCUUUUUUUUGUCUCUUGUAUUUUGAUGGUUUCAUACUCUCUGCAAAGUGCUCAAAACAUUACAAGUGUAUUUACAUCCAAUCUUGCACAUCCACAAAUCCACAACUUGUAUAGGCAUGUAAAUGCCUUAAAUUGAAUAAACAAAAAGUUUGUUUAUUGGGGUAAGUUCAAAUGGUUGAAGCAACAACCAAUCAACGGGUAGAUUUUUGCCCAUUACUCAAAUUUAUCUCUGCAUGUAUCAUCUUUAGUGGUCUCAGUGAGCACGUUUACAUGCACAUCAAUACAUUAACUUGGUCAUUCUUACAAUUCGGCAUUUACAAGUAUCUAUGUUCAUUAUUAAAGGAACAAAUCAUACUUGUCAAUCAAAAUGACUAAAAUAAUUCAGAUGUCCAUCCAGGUAAAGGAGUGUUUUGCGUUCAAUAAAAAUU